AUGAGUCGUAACAAUCAGUCUUUUGCACGCCCGUCGUCGUUUCACUUAAACGACUUCGAUUUCAGGGACUUCUUAGAUCUCCCACAGCCUCAGCCACUUGGCGCUCAAGAAGCCCAGCAUGAAACUGAGGAACUCUAUUCCACCAAAAAAUCGACAGGAAGAAAGCAAAUUGUUGACACAAAAAUUUUAAAUCGCUUUGAAAGCCUCUCUAAGCCAAAGCCUCCAAAGAAAGAGUACCUUAGAUGUAAAAUGAUAAGAGGCCAUAAGCGUGUCAACCGGCAAAUAGAAAAAGGAAUUAUCCCCAAAAGGACCUUAAAUGUAUUUUCAGCUCAAGCCAAAAGCUUCUGGGAUCGUCUCACAAAAACAUUUACCCAAUAUAAAAACAUAUUAAGCCAAGAAAGCAAAACUGAAGCAGGGCCAAAAACAGAUGGCAAAACUAAGAGAAAAGCAGAAGAGGAUGGUCUUCCAAAGAGCUUUAAUGGAAAGUUUUGCAGGAAAUAUUUCGAGCCAAUUGAAGUAAGAGAGUCCUAUUUUUAUUAUACAGACUACGUAUUUUCCGAAUUCGAUCCUGAUAUUUUAUCUAAAAAAUUCAAGUUAAGGUGCUGCAGAGCUCCUCAGCAUUCUUCAGAAUGCAUGAAUAGCUGGAAAUUGCUGAAAUUUUAUGUCCAAAAAAUAAUGUUUGAUAAUAUUGGCAUCGAGCCAUGGCUUGCAGUAGAAAGCACCAAUGAUGUGUCGAACUUUUCACUGCCACAAAACAAGAUGGUUGAGAAAGGUAUUGAUGAAAUCAUUGAUGUCUGCGAGCCUGAGGAAAUCAACGCCGAGCCACUUUGCUUGUUCAAAGAGGUUGACGAUGAGGACAUUGAUCCUGAUCUGUUCUUUGGCUUUUAG